CCGCUGUCAGCCCCGCUGCCCGGCGCCGCGCAUGGAGGCGAGGCCGGCCGGGGAGGGGGGGUGGGGGGACGCUUUGGGUGAGACACACGCCGCGCUCGCCCCUAUUGUCCGGCACGGCCGGGAGGAGGAGGAGGAGGAGGAGGAGGAGGAGAAGGAGGGGGAGGAGGAGGCGCCGCCGCACGGCCCCGCUCCGCCGGGGGGAAGGGGCCGGGCCCUCGGAGAGGGGACCCGGGGAGGAGGAGGAGGGAAAGGAGAGGAGAGGAGGAGGGAGAGGAGGAGGAGGAGGAGGAGGAGGAGGGAGGAAGCCUUCGCCCCGCCCGCCCCCACUCGGAACAGCCCCGAGCGCGCUGGCCCAGGAGGAGGCACGAGCCCGACGGACUCUGCGUGGGUCGCGCGACGGGCGACACGCAGAGCGUCAUCACAGCGUGGAGGGUUGGGAUUUCGGCAAGAUGAAGAGGACCAAGCCUCCCUUUGUCUCUCCCUGCAGCUGCUUUUUUCCAUCCUUUCAUCUCUUUUAUUUCUCCAUCAUCAAAAAAGUCCUAAAUAUAGCGUGAUAGAACUGCAAUCCCACAUCGUCUCAUGGAUAACCACAAGGGCACAUGGACACAUGAGAAGAGGACACUGAAUCAACUGUCUCAUCUUAAAAGCCUUCUUCAGCUGUUUUUCUCUCAUUUCUUGAAAUAAAAAUGUCACAAGCAUUCA